GAAAAAUGAAAAAAAAAAGAUUUUUUUUAACUCACUCACUGUAUUUAAUCCCAGCCUCCCUGAAUUGUAACAAAACCCUAAAAGGGUUCUUGUAAGAAAAAAUCGCCGCCGGAUUUGAUCUCAGCCGUCAACUCUCUCUCUAUAUAUCGCUAAACUUCUUUUCACUCUCUUCUUUGAUCUCAGCUUCAAAAAUUAAAGUUUUCUCCUUUCCGAGCUAUUCUUUCUUAAUUUUUAGCUCUAUUUUUUUAUUUUGUUUUUGUUGCUGGUUUUACUUGGAAAACAUGGUGCUCUUUUCUGGUUUUUGUUGGCUAAUUUUAUGAUAUCAAAAUUUGAAGAAUAUAUAAAUUUGGGUAUCGUUUUAUUUUGUUUUCUUAGUUUUGAUAAGCUUGGGGAGAUGGGUUUUUGCUGUUUAUGAGCUCAGGGUGAUUAAAGUUUUGAUCUUUGACUCAUUUGGUAGCUUAAAGUUAGCAUCUUGAAGUUUGUGAAUAUGUUUUUUAGGUGUAUUAGUGUAGAAAAGUUUUGGUUUUUUUGGCGUUAGUUUUGGGUUUAGAGUCUUAUUAUUGGUUUUGGUUAGUGAUCAUUUUUGGGAGUUUUGAUAGAGGGUAAUGAUCAAUUAGGGUUUUAAAGAAUGCUAUCUGAAUUGGGUAGGAGACCAAUGAUAGGAAGUAGUGAAGGAUCAUUUGGGGAUGAUUUGGAGAAGGAGAUAGGGUUAUUGCUUCGUGAGCAGCGUAGUAGGCAAGACGCCGAUGAUCUCGAACGGGAGCUAAACUUGUAUAGAAGUGGCUCUGCACCUCCUACCGUGGAGGGUUCACUGAGUGCUGUUGGCGGGUUGUUUGGGGGUGGAGCUGCUGCUGCUGCUACCGGUGCUGGUGGCGGUAGUGGGGCUAUCGCCUUUUCAGCUUUUGCUGGAGCUAAAAAUGGAAAUGGGUUUGCAUCUGAGGAAGAGCUUAGGUCUGAUCCAGCUUAUCAUUCUUACUAUUACUCGAAUGUGAAUCUCAACCCGAGGCUCCCACCUCCUUUGCUUUCCAAGGAGGAUUGGAAGUUUGCACAGAGGUUGAAGGGAGGGGGUUCAGUGAUAGGUGGGAUUGGAGAUAGGAGGAAAGCGAAUAGGGCUGAUAAUGGUGGCAGUAGGUCAUUGUUUUCGAUGCCACCAGGGUUUGAUUCCAGGAAACAAGAGAACGAAGUAGAGGCAGAGCAAGUGCAUAGCUCAGCGGACUGGGGUGGUGAUGGACUGAUUGGUUUGUCUGGUAUAGGACUUGGGAGCAAACAAAAAAGCCUCGCUGAAAUUUUUCAGGAUGACUUGGGACACUCCGCUCCUGUCACAAGGAUUCCAUCUCGUCCUGCUAGUCGUAAUGCUUUUGAUGAGAACUUUGAGAAUGUAGGUUCUGCUGAAUCUGAGCUGGCUCAUUUGCGCCGUGAACUGACUUCUGGAGAUACUUUACGGUCAAGUGCGAGUGGUCAAGGCUCGUCUGCAGUCCAUUCCAUUGGGCCACCUUCUUCAUACUCUUAUGCUGCUGCUGUAGGUGCUUCCUUGUCUAGAAGUACCACUCCUGAUCCCCAACUUGUAGCUAGAGCUCCUAGUCCUUGCCUGACACCAAUUGGAGGAGGCAGAGUUGGUAACUCAGAGAAAAGAAGCAUAAAUAAUCCAAGCACCUUUGGUGGUGUCACAUCUGGUGUCAAUGAGUCUGCAGAUCUGGUAGCAGCUUUAUCAGGCAUGAGCCUGUCAUCAAAUGGUAUCAUAGAUGAAGAUAAUCAGUUACCCUCACAAAUUGAACAAGAUGUUGAAAAUCACCAGAAUUAUUUGUUUGGUCUGCAAGAUGGUCAGAAUCAUAUCAAGCAGCAGGCAUACUUGAAGAAAUCUGAAUCUGGCCAUUUACAUAUGCCUUCAGCUAAGAGUAAUGGGGGCAGAUCAGACCUGAAAAACCCAUCCUUGCUUGCUGAUAGGCAAGCUGAACUCCAGAAAUCUGCUGUCCCCUCUAACAAUUCAUAUAUGAAAGGAUCACCUACUUCCACUCUCAAUGGCGGAGGCAGCUUACCUGCUCAGUAUCAGCAUGGUGAUGGUAUGAAUUCAUCAUUUCCAAACUAUGGGUUAAGUGGUUACUCUUUAAACCCUGCUGUGGCCUCUAUGAUGGCUAGCCAACUUGGAACUGGUAAUCUGCCACCAUUGUUUGAAAAUGUUGCUGCUGCAUCACCUAUGGCAGUCCCUGGAAUGGACUCUAGAGUGCUUGGAGGAGGUUUGGGUUCUGGACAGAACAUUUCAAAUGCUGCAUCUGAGUCCCAUAAUCUUGGUAGAGUUGGAAGCCAAAUAGCUGGGAAUGCUCUGCAGGCACCUUUUGUUGAUCCUAUGUAUCUUCAGUAUCUGAGGACAUCUGAUUAUGCUGCAGCACAGCUUGCAGCUCUUAAUGAUCCCUCUAUGGAUAGGAACUUCCUAGGUAAUUCAUACAUGAACUUGCUUGAGCUUCAAAAAGCUUAUCUUGGAGCUCUGCUAUCACCUCAGAAAUCUCAAUAUGGUGUUCCAUUGGGUGCUAAAUCUGGUAGUUCUAAUCUUCAUGGUUUUUAUGGAAAUCCCACCUUUGGUGCUGGUAUGUCAUAUCCUGGAAGCCCCUUAGCAAGUCCUGUUAUUCCAAACUCACCAGUUGGACCCGGAAGUCCUAUCAGACACACUGACCUGAAUAUGCGUUUUCCUUCUGGGAUGAGGAAUCUAGCUGGGGGUGUCAUCGGACCCUGGCAUUUGGAUGCAGGAUGUAACAUGGAUGAAAGCUUUGCCUCCUCGCUACUUGAAGAGUUUAAGAGCAAUAAAACAAAGUGCUUUGAACUUUCAGAAAUUGCUGGUCAUGUUGUUGAGUUCAGUGCGGAUCAGUAUGGCAGCCGAUUUAUACAGCAAAAACUUGAAACGGCUACAACUGAAGAGAAAAAUAUGGUUUACGAGGAAAUCAUGCCUCAAGCUCUUGCUUUGAUGACUGAUGUGUUUGGUAAUUAUGUCAUUCAAAAGUUUUUUGAGCAUGGACUUCCAGCUCAGAGAAGAGAGCUCGCUGGCAAGCUUUUUGGUCAUGUUCUAACACUUAGUCUUCAAAUGUAUGGUUGUCGAGUGAUCCAAAAGGCCAUAGAAGUUGUUGAUCUGGAUCAGAAGAUUAAAAUGGUUCAAGAGCUUGAUGGUAGUGUCAUGCGCUGUGUACGAGAUCAGAAUGGCAACCAUGUCAUCCAGAAGUGUAUUGAAUGUGUUCCUGAGGAAAACAUCCAAUUUAUAGUUACAACAUUUUUUGACCAAGUUGUGACCCUUUCCACUCAUCCAUAUGGGUGCCGAGUGAUACAGAGAAUACUGGAGCACUGCAAGGACCCAAAAACACAGAGUAAAGUCAUGGAUGAGAUUUUAGGAUCUGUUAGCAUGUUGGCCCAAGACCAGUAUGGCAAUUAUGUUGUCCAGCAUGUACUGGAGCAUGGAAAGCCUCAUGAGCGCUCAAUUAUAAUUAAAGAGUUAGCUGGAAAGAUAGUCCAGAUGAGUCAGCAGAAGUUUGCCUCUAAUGUUGUUGAGAAGUGCUUAACUUUUGGUGGUCCUUCUGAACGUCAAUUGUUGGUGAAUGAAAUGCUUGGUUCUACCGAUGAGAAUGAGCCUCUUCAGGCAAUGAUGAAAGAUCAGUUUGCGAACUACGUUGUACAGAAAGUACUAGAGACUUGUGAUGACCAGCAACGUGAGCUGAUCCUUUCUCGAAUUAAGGUCCAUUUAAAUGCAUUGAAGAAGUACACUUAUGGAAAGCAUAUUGUUGCACGUGUAGAGAAACUUGUUGCUGCUGGGGAAAGGAGAAUUGCUGCUCAGUCUCCACACCCUGCUUAAUUGGUGUAGGAAAGAAUGUGUUUGUACAGCUAACAGAAGCUCUGUGGGCUUCCCCUCUUCCUUUCAUCCCCGUAUCUAGAGCCUAUGGUUCUACCUAUCUUUUUAGACAGGUAAGAGCUGAAUGGAAAUAAAGUUGUUGCUUGUACUGGAAACUGUACAUUGUGUAGCUUAAGGUUUAUACAUAGAAUCGAGCAAAGCUGAGGUUCAGCUGUUGAAUACAACUGAUGCCCCUGCAGAGGAGAUAAAUGAUUAUACAAGUUUUUAAGGGUGUAAAAAUUUAAAAUGGUGAGGUAGUUUAUAUGAUAAGGCGACUGUACAAAAUGUUGGCAUGUGGAGAGCUGUUGAUGUUUAGGUGAGGCCAGAGUUUUUCCCCCUCGAUGUAUGCUUAAUGACGGCAUUUUUCCUCUUUUUCUUUUCCACCCUAAAUGCGUAAUUUUCUUUUUGCUAUCAACCUGUUUAUGUUUAUAAUACUUGUUGGUUUAUUUGA